AUGGCCGAAUCCUCGCCCCCAGACCAGUUGGACUCGAUGGACACCAGCGAUCUUAGUGACGCUAGUGACCUCAUUGACUUUGGUACAGGAGAUAUUUCUGAAUCUGAGGUUGAUGAUGAACGCCGCAGAAUGCUGGAGCCAUUCAGAAAGGCAGACUUCGAACAGCCAUACCCUGCGCGUAUGAUCACUUCUCGUCUCCACUCCAACCUAGGCCCGAUCUAUCCAAUCUCCAACUACUAUCCUCCUGCUUUAGAACGAUAUGCCCGGCCAGAACCGCCCGCUGAAGUAUACUCCACCCAGCUGAAGAAACCUCUUCCUUUUCCAACAUCUGCCCCGAGGGACCCGUCAAAGAAGAUCGCCGCUCAGGUGGUCCAAGAACACCUCGAACCACGGCCAUUCCCGUUCCGCCCAAAGCAAACCGUAGAAAAUUUUCGUCGCCGCGUGGAUUUUCUUCUUUCCGAGCCGACGUUGAUACAUGAUGUCAGCUUCACAAGGAAGCACUUUGAAGCUGGUAGCCUGAAAACGUUGGGCGCCCAGGAAGCCGAAGCCGAAGCCAAAGAGAUGCAGAGUAGGAAUAUUGAAGCAGAGCAACGUCUCAAAGUAUCAGUUCGACCUACUUAUAGCGGGGGACGAUUUUUGACUGAUCGCUGCUCGUCAUCCUCCUAUGCAUUGGCUCAUGGAGAGGUUCCCCCGCCUGAGGCGAUGAUGUGCUCCAAGGCUAAUAAGCGCUGUCUGCGUCAUGCUGUUGAGGAGGAAGACAAGCCAAAGAAGCAGAGAAUCCGACAGCUACCAGAAACAAUCAACCCGCAGCUACUGCAUCGUUUUCCCACCCCUCAGGACUUCGAAACCCCAGCUUUUGCCUUGCAUGACGAGGGUUUCGAAAAAGCCCUCUUGGAGAUGAGGAACGGUCCUGCCUGUCACUACUGCCGAUCUAAGCCCGCCUUGAAGCCUGAUCCGCCUUCCCCAACCUGGACUGCAGACCCCAACUUUCAAGGCGCUGGAACCUCAGGCGUGGAGACAAACGUGGCAGAGGCAAUGAUGGAUAAACUCCUGUCGUGA